AACAACACGUAACCUCCAUUUCUGAGUUAAGAGUGGUGAAUAAAAAAACCAGCACUUUCAUUUCCAGACAUUCAGCUUCGGACUGUCUCUCGCAACUGGAUAUGGUGAUUCCUUGUCCGACCCUCAACAAAUGGCCUCCACCGUGUCUGGUCCUCCCUCGAAGCUCGCCACUACCGCCAUUGUCGCCGCCGCCUCGGCGAACCCGUAGCUUCUUCUGUUGUGUCUCUCGCCGCUCAACCUUGGCGCGAAUUCAGAGCUCUGGAGUCAUCGCUUGCCUUCGCGCCACUAGCGCAGAUUUGGCAAUGGAAGCUGCCCGGGCUGCUCUUAUCGGUGGAAUCUCAGUUCUGGAAAUUGUAGUGUCGACCCCAGGUGUGUUUGAGGUUCUUCAGCAGCUGGUGCAUGACUAUCCUACAACGGUUUUAGGAGUUGGGACUGUUCUUAGUGUCAAGGAUGCUAAAAAGGCAGUAGGUGCUGGAGCCAAAUUCCUUAUGAGCCCUGCUAUGGUGAAGGAUGUUAUGGAUGGUUUCCAGAGUGGUGAAGUGUUGUACAUACCUGGUGCAAUGACCCCAACAGAGAUAUUGUCUGCUCAUGAUGCUGGUGCCAAAAUGGUCAAGGUUUAUCCUGUUUCAGCAUUAGGUGGUGUAAAGUAUAUAUCAGCAAUCAAGAAGCCUUUUCCACACAUCUCAAUGGUUGCGUCUCAAGGAAUUACUGUAGAUUCAAUUGGGGAAUACAUAGCUAAGGGAGCAUCUUCAGUUGUUUUAUCAGACGCCAUUUUCAAUAAAGAGGCUAUGGGCGAAAAGAAUUUUGAGGCCAUACAUAAACUUGCAAGUUUUGCAGCUAUGCAGGGCAAGGAAGCUGUAGAAGGGAGAAGAUGCUGCCGGUAAACCUGUCGAACCAGGUGUAGCAACACUUUCUCUUGUGCAUGACUAUAUUAGAUACAACCAUCAGAGCUGUCAAGAAAGUUGCUGUGUGCUUUGUUCGAACUCUUGGUUCUAUUGUAAAUCAGGUCAUACGUUAUUCUAGAAGGGAUAAAACUUUCAGCUAGGAUUGUAAAUGAAUAGAAGCGUCAAGAUGUUGAAGUGAUUAAGUUGCUGUUAGAAGUAUACCAACGUACGUACGAGUCUAAUGCACCAGCUCGAGCAUAAAAAAACUUUCAUCCUAGACGCAACCUGAGUUAAAGGAGUUUGAUUUCGAGUAGCAAGGACUUCACUUGGGUAGUGAACGGGGCAAACUCGUACAUCUGGUACGUCGGAAAUUUUGCUCUAGUUCGGGUCCUUGAACAAUUGUAGGUGUGUUUGUGGACAAUCAGUUGGCGACAAGAUCUACUUGAAUAUUAUCUGGAGGCUCAAUGUAGAGUUUCCAUGUCCGAGUAAAGUUUUAUGCAUAUUAAACCACCUAGAUGGAUCACAAGUGUUGUUAGGGCCUGAGGAGAGGAGUCGUCCCCAUCUUAAACCACCUAGUCCUCUAGAUGUGGUCCAAGAAGAUUCUAGUAUGAUUUUUAUUUGUUGAUGCUGAUUAUUUAGAAUUUCUUCAACUAUUACCAAUUAAGUUCUUGCAAGUGUGUAUACAAUUUUAUGUCACCGCCAGUGUCCUCUGUUUUCUUAUCCGUAGACCAUAACCAUUACACGGCUGUGUAAUUUCAUUUCAAGCACCCUAAAAAAGAGACCAGGUGUGA